AUGGCGUCUAAAGAAACAUUGGCUGUCAAGAAGGAGCCGCCUCUUUCUUACAUGCAGCAUCCAAGUCCCUCCGUGUCAUACUACAUCCCACCAAGUGCUGCAUCCGUCGACAAGAAUAGCAGCAACUCCAACGAUCCUGAACUCAUCCUAGUCCUCAGCUGGAUGGGAGCCCGAGACGUCCACAUAGCAAAAUACAUUGCCCAGCACCGCGCCCUCUUCCCAUCAUCACGCAUCCUUCUCAUCCGCUCUCCCGCCUCCCACGUCUUCUGGCCGAGCCUCGCCCGCAAGCACAUCCCGCCGGCCAUCCGCGUCCUCAAGCAAUUCGCAGAGCCGGAGACGGCAGCCCCCAGCAACGGCGGCAAGCCCCGAGUCCUGCUGCACAUCCUUUCCAACGGCGGCGUCAGCACGGCCGCCAGGAUCCGCGAGCUGCUAAGAAAAGAGCUGGGCAGGGACGCCGCUGGUAACAGACUCGUCAUCCCUCGGUAUGCUCUCUGCCUCGACUCGUGCCCGGGCAAUUUCGUGUGGGAGAGCACACAUAGGGCUCUGCUCCAAUCUCUGCCUCGCUGGACUUCUCCGCUGGUACACAUGGUCAUUGCCGUUGCCUGGCUGAUAUACAAGCUCCGCCUCACUCGGCCUGCUCAAAAUCUCAAUGCUGAAGCCCUCAGGAGAGGCAGCCUACUCCCGAGGGAGACUCGGAGAACCUAUCUCUACGGCACGGCAGACGCCGUCAUCAGCUGGCGCCACGUUGAAGACCAUGCGAAGAGGGCACAAGACUCGGGGUUCAAGGUGCGCAAGGAGAGGUUUGAGGGUGGAGAGCAUGUGUCGCUUGUCCGGAAAGAUAGCCAGCGAUAUUGGCAAGCAGUCAAGGAGACUUGGGGAGGGGAUGAGGUUGAAUUGGAAGCUGAAAUGCUAGCUAGGAGUAAUGUGAUAAAACAAGAAACGAUCAUGGAUGGGUAG